CUGGGCUCUUGGCGAAGAAGGUUUUCGCUCCGCCCCCUUUCUGUGUUCGCCACCGCGCCGCGCGUGCGCGCUGAGCAGAGCGGCGCUUCCGCUUCCUGGCGUCCGGGCGGAAGUGGCUCCGGUGUGGAAGAGGAUGGGGCCAAGAUGGCGGCUGCUGGCGGGGCUUUGCGCCGGGAUUCUCUUCGCGGCCUCCGGUUUGGCUGAAGUGGCUUCUGAGAACGAAGGGAAAAGCCAAGGCGUGUUGCUGGGGACGACGCCGUGUUGGCGGACGGAGGACUUUGUGGUGACGCUGCAGUGCGCCCCUUGCACCAGCUUCCAAAGCAAGACGAUGCCCGAGUGCGGGGUGACGGGCUUUGUGGAGCAGAUCAACUGCAGCGCUUCCAAGAAGGGAGAAUUCAAGAGCUGCCGCUCGGCCGCCAUGGAGUCCCGGCUCUUCUGGAGGUUCGAGGGGGCCAUGCUGGGGGCGGCGGCCUCCUUUGCCCUCCUGGUGGUCUGCCGGCAGCGCCUGCUGGACCGCAAGGCCCUCGAGAAGGUCCGCAAGCAGAUCGAGUCCAUCUAGGGCCCCGGACUAUGGCCCCACAGCCAAGGUGCGUCUCUUGGUGGUCCCCGGGGUCCCGGCGUGCGGACUUGGAUUGGUAUGAGACUCAAACCCGGACCCAUUGGGAUAAGAUUCAAAUCUCGACCCAUUUCUGGGGUGAUGUAAGACUCAAGUCUGGACCCAUUUCCCUCUCUGGAUCGAUAUAAGGGUGAAAUCUGAAUAUAUUUUCCCCUCUGGAUUGGGAUAAGAUUCAA